AUGACUGACUCUAUUAAUUCAGCUAUUGCUAAUGAAGAACAAUCGGCAGCUAGAGCAACAGCUGAUGAGAAUACUGCAGAAAUUCGAAAAGAAUAUGAAAAUCCUGAUAACGAUAAUAAUAAAACAAUAUCGAAACCAAUAAAUUCAUCAUCAACUAAAUCAAAUGAUAAUAAUAAGAAAGAACCUCCACAAAUGAAUAUUCAAUUACAACAUUAA